GCUGCUUCAUUUUUGGAGUCCAGGAUUCUCGGUGUGGUGCGCAGCAAAGGAAGAAAACUGCACUGUAUUUUCUUGGAAGAUCUCCUGAUGCAAGUGUGUUUACAGUUUUCAUAUAAGCACCCAGGGGAAGCGUUCACCCACAGACUCCCACAAUCUCUAUUUCUUCGCAGUCCCUGGCCUGGGGAGAGCGCGCGGCAGACGCGGGAGUGGCAGGGCGGCUCCGCGCCCCUCACCUGGCUGCGGGCCACGCGCCCAAGCAUUGCUGUCUCGCUGGCCCCGGCGGCGACAGGUAUGGCGCAGCGCAGCCCCAGCCUCUCUGCCCACCGGAGCGCGGCCGCUCGCUGCGCUCCGGAGGCCGGCGAGCUCCGAGAGCCACAGGACAGCCACGGUGGUGGUGGCGGCGACAGUGCUGGAGGUGGGAGGGCCAGGAGGCGGGAACUUGUCCCGCUCGGGGGCGCUGUCACUUGUCCAGGGGACGAGUCAGAAAGCCACCUAGCUUUGUGCUGCUUGGAGACGCUGGAGUCCGGAGCAGUUUUCCUGACCAUGAAGGGCGCCAGAGGCAUUGAGAACCCGGCUUUCGUGCCCUCCAGCCCAGACACCCCACACCGCUUGUCUGCAUCGCCUUCUCAGGUCGAGGUCUCUGCGAACAGCCAGAGAGAAGAUUCGCAGCCACACGAGUCUCGGGAGCCCCAAAAGUCACCGGAGCCAGGCUUGCCCUCAUCAGGUCCCCCUGCUUCCCAAGAGCGGCUGGGAUCCGAGUUCGAGGAGGGUCCUUGCGGGUGGCGGAACUUUCACCCCCGGUGCCUCCAGCGCUGCAACACGCCCCAAGGCUUUCUGCUGCACUACUGCCUCUUGGCCCUCACUCAAGGAAUUGUCGUAAAUGGACUAGUAAAUAUAAGCAUUUCCACUAUUGAGAAGCGCUAUGAAAUGAAGAGUUCCUUAACUGGUCUGAUAUCAUCAAGCUACGAUAUCUCAUUCUGUUUGUUAUCUGUAUUUGUAUCAUUCUUUGGUGAAAGAGGACACAAACCAAGAUGGCUUUCAUUUGCAUCAAUUAUGAUAGGACUGGGAGCACUUGUAUUUUCCUUACCCCAUUUUUUCAGUGGAGAAUACAAAUUGGGGUCCAUUUUUGAAGAUACUUGCUUAACAACAAGAAAUAGCACCAGUUGUACCUCUUCAACUUCUUCACUUUCUAACUACUUAUAUGUCUUCAUCUUGGGACAAUUGUUGCUGGGGACUGGAGGAACCCCUCUCUACACCCUGGGAACAGCCUUUAUUGAUGACUCUGUGCCCACCCACAAGUCUUCUCUCUAUAUAGGAAUUGGCUAUUCUAUGUCAAUCUUAGGCCCUGCCAUUGGCUAUGUGUUGGGUGGACAGCUGUUAACCAUGUACAUUGACAUUGCUUUGGGACAAAGCACUGAUGUCACUGAGGAUGAUCCACGGUGGUUGGGGGCUUGGUGGGUUGGAUUUCUCCUAUCAUGGCUCUUUGCUUGGUCUUUGAUAAUACCUUUCUCCUGCUUUCCAAAACAUUUGCCAGGUACAGCAAAGAUUCAAGCUGGAAAAACUUCUCAGACUCAUCAGAAUAAUAGCACUGUCUUACAACACACAGAUGAGAAUUUUGGAAAAAGUAUUAAAGAUUUUCCAGCUGCUCUAAAGAAUUUGAUGAGGAAUACUGUCUUUAUGUGUUUAGUUCUAUCAACUUCUUCUGAAGCCUUAGUUACUACUGGAUUUGCUACAUUUUUACCUAAAUUUAUAGAAAAUCAAUUUGGAUUGACAUCCAGCUUUGCAGCUACCCUUGGAGGGGCGGUUCUAAUUCCUGGAGCUGCUCUUGGUCAGAUUUUAGGUGGUGUCCUUGUUUCAAAAUUCAAAAUGACAUGUAAAAAUACAAUGAAGUUUGCAUUGUUUGCAUCUGGAGUUGCACUCGUGCUGAGUUCUGUAUUUAUUUAUGCCAAAUGUGAAAAUGAGCCAUUUGCUGGUGUGUCUGAAUCAUAUAAUGGGACUGGAGAGCUGGGGAACUUGACAGCCCCUUGUAAUGCCAACUGUAACUGUCUGAGAUCUUACUAUUAUCCCCUCUGUGGAGGAGAUGGUGUCCAAUACUUUUCUCCCUGCUUUGCAGGUUGUUUAAACUCUGUUUCAAAUAGGAAACCAAAGACAUAUUACAACUGUUCCUGUAUUGAGAGGAAAAUAGAAAUAAUACCUAUGGCAGAAAAUUUUAGUUUUGAAGCUAAAGCUGGAAAAUGUGAAACUCAAUGUGCAAACUUGCCCAUAUUUCUUGGCAUUUUCUUCAUCACAGUUGUUUUUACCUUUAUGGCUGGCACUCCUAUAACUGUGUCCAUAUUAAGGUGUGUUAACCACAGACAACGGGCUCUAGCAUUGGGAAUUCAGUUCAUGUUGCUUCGAUUACUAGGCACAAUACCUGGACCAAUUAUAUUUGGUGUCACAAUAGAUAGCACAUGUAUACUCUGGGAUAUUAAUGAAUGUGGAAUUAAAGGAGCUUGCUGGAUUUAUGAUAACAUCAAGAUGGCCCAUAUGCUAGUAGCCAUAAGUGUUACUUGUAAAGUUAUCACCAUUUUCUUCAAUGGAUUGGCAAUAUUUUUGUACAGACCUCCACCAUUAGGCACAGAUGUGUCAUUUCAAAGUCAGAAUACAGUUGUGAUGACUGUUUCAGUAGAACAGGAUCUCAACAAAACAGGAAAUGAAGGGUGAAAGAGAAAAGGAGAUUACAGCUGGAAAAUUGACCUCCCUUUUAACGCAGUGCAAUGCAGCAUUAUCUACCCUAUAUGGUCAAUGACAUUUUAAAAAUUAAUGUUUUAUAAUUGAGUGUGUUUGUGUAUGUGUAUGUACUCUUCUUUUUGAUUUAAUGCGGGUAACAGGUCUGUGCCUUCAAAGCCAAACAAAAGCCUCAAAAGACACACAUGAUCACUUAUUUCCUCAUUAUUUUGUUAUGAAAUCCCUAACUAUUAAUAAGAAAAAGAACCAACCAUUAUUUAAAAGUUUACCUUUAAGGGCUAAUGGAGUAGUUCAAGUGGUAGAAUACCUGUUAAUAAGCACGAGGCCCUAAGUUCAAACCCCAGUACUGCAACAACA